GCCAGUGAGACUUUAGCUAGCGUCCGAACCACCGGUGCAUUCCACCGGUACGAUUUCUACUUGCACGCACGCUGCUGGCCGCAAUUUUCAGCUGCCGCGUUCAAUUUUUAUCUACCAAGCAGUCCGAAGAAUAAAUCAGCACAAGGGUACCGGUGAAAAAUUCGUAUACGAAGAUAACAAAGUACACGUUGACGCGCGUGCGCGAAAAGUUAGGGAUCGCAGUCUCCGCUAAAAUCUCUCCACACACAGAUUCAAGCGUGUUGCGAUUAAAGAAAUUUGUCUGGUAUCGGUAAAUGAUGCGUGAUACGCGGUUCGGUGGUGAAAACACAACCUUUUGAAGAAAUGGGAAAACAGCGAGCUCGUCGAUGACUCGAAAUCUGUUGGGUCGCGUCGUCGAGGAAUGGACAAGGUGCGAGGAGAACGAGCAACGUGUCGGCCUUCCACGCUAAUCGGACGAACGGCGACAGGCUAGAAAUUGGCGACAACAAGAAACGUUCGCGAGCUUGCGGAAACUUUGAUCGGCUUGAUCGCUCUAGGCUGGCUUGCUCGCGAAAUGGAUCGAUUCUCGUCAUCGCCGUCGAUGACGUCGUCAGCGUCGUCGCCGUCAGCGCCGAUGUCACCACCGCCGUGAUCGAACGCGAGUCGAAUUGGACGAUCCUGGAACAGAUCUGCAACCUCGAACGCGGCAGGAGGACAGCUGAUUUUCGAAGUAAGACCCGCGCACCGUUGGCCGAUCACCGUCGCGCACCAUGUUUGGAACGAAACUGCGCACAUGGAUGGAAGCACAUAUCGUGCGAUCGAAAAAGAAGAAGGACCGAAAGGGCAAGGGGGAAAAGGGUUUCGACUCCAAUUCCAAUUCUCCUCGAAACGGGUCUCACAGGUCUCCCGCGUUGCACCAAGUUCAUCCGGUAGAUUCGCCGUCGAGGAACGUGGACGAAAUUCGAUUGCACGCAGAGGAUGGUAAUCGAUGCGGUACUGUGACCGCGUCCUCUGGUACGUCGGCGGGCACCGGUAGCGUCAACCUCUCUUCUCCGGAAAGCGCCUACAGUACCGGAUACUCGACGGACGGUACCUCACCCGGAACCAGUUAUCCACCGGAAUAUUACAUCAACAUCAGGACAGGCACCCAUUACUUUCAGAGUAACGCCAACGCCAAUGCCGGCACAGCCACAGGCAACUACGGUAACAACAACAACAACAACAGUAGCAGCAAAAACAAUAACAACAACAACAACGGCAGACCGAAGAAACCGAGCGAUUCGUCGGAUUUGCCGAUCGCCUCCGCUUCUUUGGUCUCGGGACGCGGCAGACAUGGAAGGUUCGAGGGCAACGUCGAACCUUCCGUCUCUGGCUGUGUCGCGAUGUUCUCUACGGCAACCACGACGAUGGACAAGUCGGGGAAAGACGUCGUUCGAUCCAACGAGUACGGCAGGACGAGUAAGAUAUCGACUCGACGGACGUCGCAAAGUGACGCGAUUCGCUUUGCCAAACAGAUCGGCGAUCGUCGUCCGGAAGAGGAUCUCUCGGUACAGCGAACGGCGUUACCGAAGGAGAGGCGGACCGAGGAAUCCUUCUCGGCCGAAUCUUCGAGGAGCAACUUGACCGAGCCACCGCCUCCUUCCUCCAUACCGCCGCCAUUACUCUCACCGACCGUACAAUCGCCGCGCGAACGCUCGCGAAUCCGAACGAAUCCGUGGCUGUCGGCCAACUCUUCCGGCUCGAGUACCACCACCGGCGGCUUCAAAUCGAGAUCGAAUAUCGACGAUACCAGCAGCGGUUCCGGCCUGAAGCUCACGGAAUCGUCAGGGAGCGCGAGUGACGUAAACGCGAGCAGUGCGCGAGUAGGACGAGCCAGAAGAGAACUGAAACAGGAGAGUCUGAGCGCCGGAAGGAGUCCGAUAAAUCAAAAUUGGAGAAUAGCGUCUGGCAUGGAGAUUCGGCCAAAGAUAGCUUUGUCCGUGCAAAGACGCAACAGCAGCAGUAGCAGCAGCAGCAGUAGCGGCAGUAGCACCAACAGCAGCAGCUGCGACGGCGGUAGCAACGUAAGCAGCGUUGCCGGUAGCAACGGUACCGGCGGUAGUAGCAGCAACGACAACGAGGACGGAAAUAGGAACGGCAACGAGAAGGAAAAUGGAAACGGAAACGGUAAUAGAAACGGUUCGUCCGCGUCGUCGAUCACGCGAAGCGCCAGAUCAUCCGAAGACGAUAUCACCUUGAACGAGAUGAUGGGAAAAUUCGACGAAAGUUACGUUUACGAGAAGGAGACGGACAUUUUGUCGGACAGCGAUCCGACCGAUUGCGAGGACUACAUCGAAUCUCUGUCGGAUCUGGACGCCGUUAGAGACGGCGCCGAUGAAAACGAUCCUCUCGGCAACGAUGACUUCGACUAUAUCGACAACGGUUCGUUCCUCGAUCUCGACAAUCUCGAUUGCACCGGACGUUUCACCAACACCGGACACUGUACUUAUUUCGCGUUCGCCGGCGAACUCGCUCGACGCAGCAGCAGACUGCGAGAGUCGUUGAUGAAGCGGAGGAACAGAGACGACGCGGCGACGGCGGCCGCGGCGGCGAUGCUUCAGAGAACGAUCAGCGCGAAGAAUACCGCGAAGAAGCAAACGUCGCGACACAAGAAGCAACCAACGGACGAGAAGCAGCAGUCGAGCGAAAAACGGAAAAAGAGAUGCUCUCAGCGCAGGAAACCGAAUGUCGACAAACGCGAUCCGAAUACCACCGUAAUAGGAGUCAUUGGUCGGAAUAACGAGCGUAACGGUGACGACGACGACAACAACGACGACGACAACGACGACGACGACGACGACGACGAAGAAGAAACGGCGGCGAACUUAAACCGCGUGCUGGUCGAGAGAAUGCUGCUUAAAAACUCGGGCUUCAAUCAGGGUAGUAGAAGCGUCGGUGGUACGCCGAUUUGUUUGCGUCGCAAGAAACAAAAUUGCGACGUGAACAAAAAUUUGUCACCGCUGCGAACGACCGACGAACGAUCGUCUGCCGGCCGGCUCGUCACCGGUGAUCUUGAUGUCGUCAAGAGACGUUCCAACUCGGUGAGCUACGUGAACGGAAACCUCGUCAGGCGGCGGCUAACUACCACCGACAACAACACCUAUAUGACAACGUUCGCCUCCGAGAUCGCUCUGAUCGAGGCCGAUAAGGAAGCGGACAAAAAGUAUCGAGAAUUGAUCCUCGAGGCAGAAAACAUUUUGGUGAACAUGCAAAAGAAUCAAACCAGCCUACCCGUCGUACCGUCACCCUCGCGAAAGUUUCACAACGGACUGACCAACAAACGGGUCGAACUGAUCAAAAAUACAGAGCUGAACAUCGAACUUGCCCUCUCCAAGAGUAGGAACUCGCAGCCGGAAUUGCAGAGUGGCAGCAUCAAGGAUCUCGAGCAUACCAGUCCCAAGAGGCAGCAAUUCGUUCAACCAUGUUCCCCGAUGCGACGAUUCGUCGAGCGAAACGUUUCCCCACCGGUGCCCUGUACGACAGCGGCCACGUUCCAAUCGAGCUCGAUCAAAUGCUCCAUCGACUCUCCUCUCGCUUCGAGAAGAAAGGCGACGACGACCGUGAGCCAACGCCAGUCACCCGAUAAAAGUAUGCUUCGUUGCUCUCGGCCGAGAGUCUACGAGAAUCAGGAUCCCGACGAUUACGACGGACGGCGAGUAAACGCGAGAAUGGCCACUGCGUCCACGACCAAUUCGCCAUCGGCAGCGACGAUGUUCAAUUGCAACGGUAUCGUCGGUUCGGAUCAGUGCGCCACGCGCUCUCAAACUUCCCCUUAUCUCGUCAACAGGCCUCGUUGCACCUUUCUAGCGCACACGGAUUCUUUCCCCGGAGCAAGUCGAAGAGAACUUCGCACCUCGAGAUCGUCGCUCAACGCCGUAACCAAGGAGGAGGGAGUAACGUCGAGUUCCUCGGACUCGGAGGAAAGAUGCGACGUCAGGAGGCGAGCACCUCUGAUGACUUUCAGGUCAGUCGAUAUGGGUCCCAUAAAGGAAGGAUCCUCCUAUUGUCCGCAAAGCGAACCGGUCAAAAGGAAGGUGUACGCAGGCAGUGCUACCUACGGCAGGAUACAAAAGACUUUAGGGGAGCACGUCACGUUGAGAAAUUCGGACGGGGAUACCGCCACCGACGAUACCGAUGAUUCGAGGAGAUCUCUGAAAGAAAAAGUGGCCAGGCUUCGGCAAGAACGGUUGGCCGCAAACGCGUCCGUAAGCGCUCAGGAUUCGCAGAUCUUCCAGCAUCGAUUGUCCCGACUGCGAAGACAAAUGCUGAUGCAAACGAUUGAGGGCCUGAAGCGAAGUCUCGAGGAUCAGUCGGCGACUUUGAAGCAGACGUGUUUGGAACCGAUAAACUGUCAAAGUAAGAACGGACUAGGAGCAAAGUUGUCGUCGAUUCCGUCGGUCGGUCGGAACAAACAUUUCCCAUAUACAAAAUCUGGUAGCCUCAAAGAUUCUACGGAGUGUGCCCCUAACAAUGGAUAUUAUUUCCUUCCUUUGUACGAUAAAGGGGAAUACGUUUUGAAGGUGGAUCCACCUAGGGGAUGGAGUUUCGAACCUACAGAAAUUUUAUUGGUCGUAGAUGGAAUUACAGAUGCCUGCAGCAAAGGCAAAGAUAUUAAUUUUACCUUCAAAGGUUUUGGUAUCACAGGCAGGGUUACCAGUUUAGGAUCGGAUUCUGGUCCUAAAGGUGUUACAGUAUCAUUGUAUAAAGAAAGCAACAAGCAAGUUCCUGUUGGUACAACGGUUACCAUGGAAGGUGGUAUAUUUUAUUUUACCCCCAUACAACCUGGACAAUAUGUACUCGUUGCGUCCCAUCCCACAUGGAUGUUGAAAGUAAAUACUGUGAAAGUAACGGUACAAGAAGGCAACACAGAACUUCCUAACGAUAGUCUGGUAAUUUAUGGAUACGACGUGAGUGGUCGAGUUACCAGUGAAGAAGAAGCAGUUAGCGGCGUAACAUUUGUAUUGUUUGGAAACGGUGUAGCUAGGAAUUGCGCAACGACACCUAUAAGUAAAGAUCUCGAAUCUAGAAAGCCACUUUGUCACGUUUCGUCGGAUAAAAGUGGUAAAUUCAUGUUUCCAAGUUUAUCACCUGGCGAAUAUAAACUUGUUCCGUGUUAUGUCGGUGCUCAAACUAAAUUUGACGUUCAACCGCCUGAAUUGUCGUUCAAAGUGAAUCACAGCAGCGUCCUAUUACGUCAAGGAUUUAAAGUUACCGGUUUUACGGUAAAUGGUGUCGUCCGUACCGCUAUCAAUGGAGAUCCUUUACCAGGAGCGAAAGUUUUACUUUCUCAGAAGCAAAUCGCUAUAACGAAUGAACACGGAAAAUAUGUAUUUGAUAAUGUAAAAGCCGGUCAAUAUAUUCUGAAAGCUGAAAGCGAGGACUUACUGUUCAAUGACAAAUCGCUCAAGAUCUCUCCCAAUUCUCCGGAACUUCCCGUUUUGAUACCAACAGCGUAUAAAGUUCGUGGCAAAGUUAGUUUAUCGGCGGAGAGAGGUUCAGAUCAUCGAAAAGUUUCCAUCCAGAACACGGCUACCACGUUUGUCAAAGAAAUUGGAAUAGAUGCGAUAACAGGUGAAUUUUCCACCUAUCUCACUCCUGAUACGUAUCAAUUAAGCGUUAUUGUAAGUGCGGAAGAGAGAGCUAAAGGUCUACAAUUUUUCCCACUGCAAGAAACCAUCUACGUGUCGUCCCGACCGGUGGGCGACAUUAACUUCUUACAAUUAAAAGCUACGUUAACAGGAACGGUAAAGUGUUUACCAGAAAUCGAUUGCAGUCAGGCAUCCGUAACGUUGAAGGUACUGGACGGUAUCACGAUAAAAACAAUUCAAACAAAAGUUUCCUUUGAUCAUGCAGCUGGCCAAUACCAAUUUACGGACGUAUUACCCGGCCAUUACGAGGUGUUAAUAGACAAUGAUGUUUUUUGUUGGGCGAAUCCCAGCUACAGAAUUUCUAUAACUUCAGAACGAUCCGAAUUACCGCCCUUUGAACAAACUGGAUUUUCUGUCACUUUCAUAUCUUCUCACGACACCACGGUUGAAUAUUCGAAAGCGGAUGAAUUGAAAAAAUUAACGUUAGCUCUGAACAAAGGAAGCACGAAGCAUUGCGUAUCGGAACCCGGAACGUAUAUAUUUACGCCAAAGAGUUGCCACGUUUACGAGAAAUUGUCUCACACAUGGGAUACGAACACUGUUUCGCCUAUUUUAUUACAUUCGACGGAGCACAGUCAUAUAGGAAACAUUUUAAGUCGAUCGGCGUUAGAUGAAAUUAAAGUAAAAAUCGAGAAUGCAGCGGGUGAGGUUAUGAUACUUGGUCCAUUGAAAUCAACGCGUCACGAAGAUUUGUAUAAAUAUAAAUUCGAAUUUAAGGCAAAAACAGAUAACGUUUACACAAUAACACCGUUAUCAAAUGUCCUUCUAUUCGUUCCGACAUCGCUGAAGGUAUUAGGUGUGAACGAUUGCCAAGACGACAUUGCUACGUUUGUGGGCGACUUAGGGAAGAUAAUUACUGGUAGAAUCAAUCCACCAUUGGGAGGAGUUACCGUGAAAAUAUUUGGUAAUGACAAAGCUGUACCUAUACACAAGGUGGACACACAAGAAGAUGGAACGUACAAUAUCGGUCCUUUGGAUGGAAAAGUAGAAUACAGCGUUACUGCGGAGAAAAAUCAAUUUGUGAUCACCGGGCCUGAUUCCAACGGAGUAUUUGCAGCUCACAAAUUGGCUGAAAUCGUAGUACAGGUUUCCGACCAAGCUGACAAUGUUUCUCUACAGGGUGUCCUGCUGUCAUUGUCCGGCGAACAAAGUUAUCGAAAGAACAGCAUUACCGGUGAGAAUGGGAAAUUAAUCUUCGAUUCUUUGUCCCCUGGCGAAUACUAUUUGAGACCCAUGAUGAAGGAAUACCGUUUCGAUCCUCCAUCGAAAAUGAUCAAAGUCGUCGAAGGUGCCACUGUAAAGAUAGAUCUAUACGGGAAAAAGGUCGCGUUUAGCGCGUACGGUUCCGUGACAUCGCUAAAUGGUGAACCUGAAGCCGGGUUGCUAGUCGAAGUUCAGGGACAAGGAGACUGUGAUAACCUUCAAGAAGAAGCGACCACGGAGGAGAACGGUAGCUUUCGAAUCCGGGGGCUUCAGCCAACGUGUACCUACGCAUUCCGUCUGAAACCGAACGCCGAAGUUAACGCGCACAUUCAACGUACUAGUCCCACCUCGACGUCCAUACAAACUUCGUCGGACAUUCGAGGUCUUCGAUUGAUUACGUUCUACCCUAUAGCGCGUACCGACGUCUCGGUACACGUGCUGUCUAUGCAACCAGAAUACUAUCGUACAUUGAAGAUAAAACUAUGCAAAGAAGAUACACCCGAUUCUCCGAUACACACGUCAAGAUUAACUACUCAGCAGUUGAGUAAGGUCGGUAGCGCUUACAAUGCUGGUUUCCUGGUCCAUUUGCCUCCGUUGCAGGCAGACGGUAAAAAGUACUUUGUGCAAUUAGAAUCUUCGUUGUCUCAUACGUUACACAAGUAUAGAACCAUACCCUUUUAUUUCGAGGCGAAUUCAUCGUUCAAGUAUGUAAAAUUAAUAUUCAACGCGGAACGUAAGGCCGAUCAUAGCGAUAUGAAUCAAACGUCCGUAGUCGCGUUACCUUUUAUCAUACUUAUCACAAUCGCGUUUUUCAAUCGGGAAAAAUUAUGGUUAUGGCUGAACGCUUUAAUCGAAAGGUGGCCAAAAUCGGCGCCGAUUUCCAAAACCCCGGUACCAGCUGUUCCUGUCGAUCCGAGAGCGGACGAUAUCAUAGUCGAACAAAUAAUGAAUAUUAACAAAAGGAAAACCAAACCACGCAAAUUGUAAUUAUUAUCGAUUUUUUGAUCGUUUCGCGAUAUUUUCAGUAGCGUUACGAUGAUUAAUGCGCUCGCGAACGCGAUACGAUCUCUUGUCGAUCGAUGAUCGAUCUCGUUGCAUGUUAUAUGUACUGUGUACAUUAUGUACGUGAAUCGAUUUAGCGAAUACCGAAUUUUAUCGGAAUACUUGGCGCCGUAAAUGUGUACGCCGACUUUCAAGAUGAAAUGUUCGUUACUGCGUUUCUGAAGUAUAUAUGUCACUCUCGUAGAUAAUUAUAUUUUUAUUAUGCUGAUAUAAUAAACAUAAUUUUACUUUGUUACGUUUCGGUACAAUAACGAUUGUUCAAAUGGUAACGUCAUACUUCUAUGGUGAUCACGGAGCAAUAAACGCCUAGAAAACAGAAGAUAAGAAGCUUUUUUAUAAGAACGACUUGCGCUAUCUUGGCGUACUUACUAUAGGAUUGACGUUGUACAUGCAUUUCAUAAACAAGUAAGUUUUUUCGCAUUUAUCUUCCGCGUCUAAAAACAUAAUGAUCAAAACGAUAGAUUUACAGCAGAUAAACUCGCGGUCGAUACAAUCGAUGGAAUACUUACCGACGUCCUUGCAACUAUCUAUCAUCUCAUUACCUAUCUCUUUGUAAACAUCUGGAAUUACUUGUUUUAUUAUGUUGUAUCUUAUUUUACCAUUCUUGUCCAUCUGUACUAUGCAAAACGACAACGCUCUUUUAUAGGAAACGCGAUAUUAUUGUCUAGCUAGGAAAUAUAACGCAUCAACAUCGAACUUUACCAUGUUAAACUUUUCCAGAACGCAUUUAAAGUAACACUUCAGAUUCUCAUCUUCAGGAAAUUCUCCGUAUUCCGUACCUUCGAUGGCCUCUGUAAAAGAAAAUCGUCGUUAGAUUUUAAACGACGCAAAGAAACGA